AUGAACUCCGUCACAACAGCCCAGAUGGCAAUUUAUGCCGUCUUGAUCAUCCCAGUGUUUUACUUGUUGCUAAAACAUGGCAAAGUUGGCGUUUUGGGGUGGUUGUACUUCACUGCAUUCUGUAUGCUACGAAUUCUCGGAGGUGCCCUCGGGCUGAGCGGAAGCAAGACUGCCACCAUCAUCGCCAAUAUUGGCCUGUCACCACUGCUGCUGGCCGCCUCUGGCAUUCUGCACGAGUCAAACUCUUUGCGAAAAGUGGGCGAUGCGAAACUCGAGUGGACUGUCGUACUGGCCUUUCACAUCCUCAUUGCCGGUGCGACAGCCAUCCUCGCAGUCGGCGCCUCUGCCUUGCAAAGCUCAUCGCCGCUGCCAUCCGACCUGACAAAGGUCAAGGUUGGUAUCACGCUUUUGGCCAUCGGCUGGAUCGUCCUCGUGGGGUGGGCUGCACAGUCAUGGUUCCGACAGAGUACUAUGGAAGACCCAAAGUCCCGCGCCGGGCGCAAGCUUCUCAAAGGUGUUGCCCUGGCCUCGAUAUUUAUUGGUGUCCGCGUGUGGUAUACGCUGGCUGCUUUCGUCUCCCAGAAGAAGUCUCUGAGCCCGGCCACGGGCACCAUUGCCGUCCGCGUGGUGCUCAUUCUCCUGCCGGAGCUAGCUGCGUCUCUCAUUCUCCUCGCCUACGGAUGGACUACCCGGGAUGCUACCAGAGGCAAGGUAAUCGACGGAGAAGCUGCAGGCAUGCGUCUCAGUACCAAGCAGAGCAGUGCCUAG